GCCAACCAAUGUAAACAACGUGCGUUGAAAAGGAUGUACUUUCAAUUUUUUUACUUUCUUCUUUUGUAAAAUAUACUUUUUGUCGCUAUUUACUCUCCUUUGCAUUGACUAGCACGAUAACUUAAUGCGAUUUAACCAUGACCUCAUUUUCAGAAGCAAUUUCUUCGCUUACAAAUCCUUCACCCAAAAUUCUAGAUCCCGAAGAUGACAUUAAUUCUGAGACUGUUGCUAAAGUUAGUAGUAAAGUUGAUGCAAAUCAACCAGUGUAUGAAAUCAGUCAUCUAAGAUCAAAAACUGCUCCUUUGCUAGAAGAUGUCGAUCCAAAAUAUGCAGGACGAAAAAUAUCUAGGAGAACAUUGGAAAGUACUUUUCAAGAAUCAGCACCAGAGGAUGACAAUGAUGAAAUGUUUGAAGAUUCAUCAGAAGCUGAAACGGAAAAAGGAAUCAAUACCUUUUUAGAACAAAUGAGAAAACAAUCAAGUUUUCGCGACAAUGAAAAUGACAUAGAAGAUUCAGAUGUAGAAGAUUCAGACUUAGAAGAUCAAAGGGGAAAAUAUCAGAAGCAAAGUGAUUUAGCUGAAGAAAGUGUAAAUGAAGAAGAUUCAAUUGAUUCAGAUGAGAAAGUUGAAGAUCCUCAUUCUAACAUUGCUGUAGAAAAUGAAAUUGAAAAGGGGAAAGCAAUCAAAUCUCAGCAAGAGCUGUGGAAUAAGCUAUGUGAAUCUCGCAUAAAAUUACAGAAGUUAUUGAUUCUUUCUAAUAAGUUACCUCAAUUUGACACAUGGACAAAUCUGAAGAGUAAAGGAGGAAAAGAUUUUAUGGAAAAUCAAAACAAAGGCUACAACAGUGUAAAGAAAUUACUGAAUAAUUUGCUGACUUUGCAAAAUGAGCUUUCUGAAAACAAUCCAGAAAUCAAUAAUUUAGAAAAUGAAGUUUCUAAAAUGCCUAGCCAUCAAAGUGAUGAAGAAAUACCAAAUGAUGAAGAAAUGGAGCAGAGUGAAAUGAUUGUGGUUUCUGAAAAAAGAACUGUUAAGCGAAAAAACAAAGGAAACGACUUUGAUGAAAUUCUCGCCAAGAGACACAAGUCACUAUUACCAUAUAGGAACUCAGUUGUUCAGAAAUGGGAUGAGAAAACCCGAUUGUCUACUGGAAGAAUGACUCAAAAAUCAUUCAUGGCUUUUGACAAUUCAGCUUUAAAACAAAUUGAGCAGAUUCUUCAAGAUAAAAACAGAUUGAUUAAGAGGACUCAACUCAAGCGGUCUCUUUACCGGGUUCUAGGGAAACCUGAAAUUGAGGAUUCUGAAGAAAGCAAUCGAAAUGAUUCAUCAAAACAAGAUUUGCUCCUGAAAGAUUAUGAUCCAGAAAUUUUUGAUGAUGAUGAUUUUUAUCGUCAAAUGUUGAAGGAUGUUAUUGAAAGUAAAUCUGUUGGCAUUGAUCCAGCUGUCUUACGAAAACAAAUGGAAAUUCAGAAGAUAAGAAACAAAAUGAAAAGAAAAGUGGAUACUAAAGCCAGUAAAGGUCGAAAGCUGAGGUAUGAUGUUCAUCAAAAGCUUUUAAAUUUUAUGGCACCCCAGCCAACAUCAACUAUUUCAGAUGAAGCUAGAGAAAAUCUCUUGAAGUGCCUGUUUAGAUCGUCUCUGAAAUCUGCAUAAUUGUGCAUCAAAUUGCUGUUUUUGUAUAUAUUGUUUAUCUCAAAUUGAACCUGAUUAUUUAUCAAUGUAUAAAUACUUGUAUGUGUACAUACAUUUUUAAAAAGUCAUACACACAAUCGAAAAGCAUGCUAAAAAUUUUGUUUAGAAAGUCACAUGCAUUGUUUAAAAAAUAAAUAAAAGUUGAAUUAAAACCUUUAUACUCUA